AAGAAGACCCGGAAGUAAUAAGAACGGAAGUUGCAGUUUUUUUUGUUAUUGGAGAGAUUUUUACCUUCAAACAACUGGAAUUAAAUGAAUAUCUUUAAACUUGAGUCCAAACUACUCUUGUGUAACCUGACAUUAGGCCUCCAGAAUGUGCAGAAAAAGAUGAUGUGCUGGUAUUCACUCAGUCACGUGUAAACAGGGUUGGAUAGUAUCGGUUGAGAGAGCCUGGAGAUGGAGGUCUUGGACCACAUGCUGACCGACCCGCUGGAGUCGGGAGGAGCGGAGACUAAUGGUGGCAUCAUGGAGGAGUGCAUGCUGGGAAACAGCCGAGUGCAAUUGCCAGAGGACCUGCUGGAAGAUCCUGAUAUCUUCUUCUCAGUGUUGAGUGAGAGCACAUGGACUGAAGUCCUGACGGACGCCCAAAGGGAGCAUCUCUCUCAAUUCCUCCCUCCUUUCCCUGACGACAACACUGCCGAACAGGAACGCACCGUCAGCGCCAUCUUUAACAACCAAAACUUCUGUUUUGGCAACCCCCUGCACCUUGCCCAGAAGCUCUUCAGAGAUGGCUACUUUAAUCCAGAGGUGGUGAAGUACAGGCAGCUAUGUGCCAAGUCCCAGCGCAGGAGGCAUCUCUACUCCCUUCAGCAGUACUACCACAAGCUCCUCAACCAGAUCCUCGUCUCCAGGAAGGAGCUGCUGGAUCUGGCUGCGCGGGGCGGUCCUGAGCUGGCCCUGAGGAGGCGCAGCAGCGUCCCUGACCCGGCCGAGGCUCGGGACCGGAAGGUGAGGAGGCGCGUGGAGCGCAUCCUGAGGGAGGUGAGGAGUGAGUGCGAAGCCGGAGACAGCAACCCCUCAUCCGAUGACGACGACGACGACGUGGGCCCCUGGCUGCGGAGCCCCCUGUCCCCCUCGUCCCCUCCCCUCUCCGUCCCUCUGAAGGUCCUGCCCAGCCUCUCCACUCAGGACAUGAAGACUAGAGAUAAAGUGGAGUUGGGGGAGAAGGAUUUGAGAGCUCUGCUGAGAAGACAUCGAGAGAAGAGAAAACACCAACCAGAUCACCCUGACCUCAUGACCCGUGAGCUUCACCUGGGGGACAUCAUGUCUCGGGUCAACAUUGGCAGGAAGGGCUCAGCCAUGGCUCUGUUUGACCUGUCGCUGCCCAAGAAGCGAGCGCGAGAGGAGAGGAAGAGGAGGAAGAUGAGGCCCACCAUCAAGAUGGAGGCGGAGGACCCGUCUGAGCUGAUCAUGCCCUCAACCGCCAGCGCUGCCCCCGGCCUCAACGACACCCACACUGCACCCCUGCCCACCGUCAAGGAGGAGCCUAUGGAGGAGUAUCAGAGCAGUCCAGCUGUGGUGGAGGAGAUCGCCGUCAGCUUCUUCCACCUGCUGGAGAACAUCCUGAGACCGGAGAGCCUGGCCACCUCUGCACUGUUAGAGGAACGUAUUCAGCAGUGGCAAACGUCUCCGGCCAGCACACUCAACCCCUGGUUCUCUCUCGCCCCCUGCUGGUCGGAGCUGACACAGCCAGCACUGCACUUCCUGGCAGGAGAGAGCAAACCUGGAGUGAUCGGCUUACCCAGCGGCUUCUCUCCAUUUGUGGAGUUCCAUGAGCACUCGCAGCAGUGGAAGUGGCUAGCCCCAGUGCAGGAUGGGGAGAAGGACUUGAGUGCGUUGUGUCAGCUCUGGCUGGAGUCUAAGGACCAUGUGACCAGCAAGUUAUCAGAGGAACUUUUAACGUGUGUGUUUUCUAAGGAGGGAGAAGAGGCUGCAGAUGGAACCCCUCCUGCCCCCAGAGUCUGGACCGAUUACGUGGUGCGACCGAGCACAGGAGAGGAGAGGCUCAUCUUCCAGGAGCAGGAGCAGCAGCGUUACGACCAGCCACAUAAAGCCUUCACCUACAGCAUGCACGGCUUUGAGUCGGUGGUUGGACCCGUUAAAGGAGUCUUCGACAAGGAGACGUCGCUGAACAAGGCCCGCGAGCACUCCCUACUCCGAUCAGCCAGACCCGCCUACGUUACCAUACUCUCCCUAGUGCGGGAUGCUGCAGCCAGGCUGCCCAAUGGAGAGGGCACUCGUGCAGAGAUUUGCGAACUCCUCAAGGACUCCCAGUUCCUCGCCCCCGAUGUCACCAGUGCACAGGUGAAUACUGUGGUGAGCGGUGCGCUAGACCGACUCCACUAUGAGAAGGACCCGUGUGUGAAGUACGACAUCGGCAGGAAGCUGUGGAUCUACCUGCACAGGGACCGCAGCCAAGAGGAGUUUGAGCGGAUCCAUCAGGCCCAGGCAGCAGCAGCUAAAGCUAAGAAAGCUCUACAGCAGAAACCCAAACCAGCCACCAAACCUAAGGGUGUGAGUAAAGAAGGGGGCACUAAGACCCCGGGGACUCCAGAGGCUGGCCAGAGUGUCAGUGGUGAGGGUGGAGCCAGUGCCCUGCCCCCUCGCCCCACAACCCCGUCCAACAUGCUUAAAUCUCCCCUCCCCUCCUCCACCCCUACCAAGGCUGGCAUCCCAAACACCGUGAAGACCAGCCCCAGUGUUCUGCUGGUGUCUCCCCCCUCCAUGCCUCAGCUGGGUACUCUCCUCUCGGCCGGUCCCUCUGGAGCUCAGGCCUCCACGCAGCCUGGGGCUCGAGUGGUGACCCACCCCAGCACCACCUCUCUGCCCCAGGUGCGCGUGGUGACGGCUCAGGCUGGCCAGCAGCAGACGCCCACACUGGUGCACUCCGCUCCCCAGCACAUCAGGGUGCCCGUCACCAUGGCACGCAGCAAGGGCAUCACACAGACUGUGGUGAGUCUCCCCGUGAGGACCCAGGCUGCUGGUAGUCCUGUUCAGGUGCAGACGAGUCGCGGCCAAACCACACUCACCGUCACCGGCCUAGCAACUGCCGUCACGGCAACCAAACCUCUCAGCAGCAGGCCUGGAAGUCCCGCCCAGACAGUCCCCUCAUCUGCGUUCCUCAAACAGGUGGCCAUCACAGGGCAGCUGGGCAUGAAGGCCCAGACGGGGGCAGGUAUCCCGCUGACGGCCACCAACCUGCGUAUCCAGGGCAAAGACGUGCUGCGCCUGCCCCCCUCUUCCAUCACCACGGACGCCAAGGGCCAGACGGUGCUGCGCAUCACGCCCGACAUGAUGGCCACACUCACCAAGUCAAACAUGGCCACUGUCAAGCUCACGUCGGACAUGCUCACCUCCGCCACGGGCAGCGGCGGCAAGGGCCUCUCUGCCACGCUGCACGUCACGCCGCACUCUGCCACCGGCCCCGUGGACACCAAGGUGGGGGUGAAGGGCACCUCGGACACGGCGGCGGGCGGCAUCCGCCUCAUGCCCGCGCUGGCGGUUACCAUGGCGAGCGAGCAGAAGGGGCGGAGCUUCGCCACCAUGGUCAGCCCCACCACGUCCUCAGCCGACGGCGGCAUGAAGGCGGGCACGACCAUCCGCAUUAUGCCAGGCCUGGGGGUAAUCACGCCCCAGAAGCCUGGCACCGUGACCGGCACUCAGAGCAUCACCGUCUCUGCGACAACCAGCACCACUGCUGCCAUUUCUGUCGCCGGGAAACCCACCACCGUCACCAUAGCUACCAGCUCUGUGGUGGGAGGGGCCAAGGGUGUGGUUACUGGUGUCACGGCAACGCCUCUGACAUUGGGAACCACUACUGUACGGCAGACACCGAUCACUGCCACAGUGGUCAGCACACAAGCAGGGAAGCUUCCUGCUCGCAUCACCGUGCCCCUCUCUGUUCUCAGCCAACCACUGAAGAGCAAGAGUGUGAUGACCACGCCCAUACUCAAGGGCAACAUCAGCACCAACAUCAGUACUCUGGGCAGGAACAUCAUCCUCACCACUAUGCCUGCUGGCACCAAACUCAUUGCUGGGAACAAACCCGUCAGCUUCGUCACCGCACAGCAACUACAGCAGCUCCAGCAGCAAGGGCAGGCUACACAGGUGCGCAUACAGACCCUUCCUGCUCAACAGCUGCAACAGAGGACGGCCACUGGAUCUCCGAAGUCCGUGUCCACUGUCGUCGUGACGACAGCACCUUCCCCCAAGAAGACGCCGGACCCCCAGUGAGAGCCCCAGACCCGACUCUUCUGACAUCACAAACAGAAAGUGUGUGUGUGUGUGUGUGUGUGUGUGUGUGUGUGUGUGUGUAUAUAUCUGUUUGUAUGUAUAUGACUGUUUGUUUGUGAGUCUUGGAAGAACUCUAGUUUUGUGUAAAAGAAGGCCUUUGUGAUAAAGUGUUUUUCAUAAGAGGUUGUUAUUGAUGUAAAACUGACUGAUAACUUGCUGGCAUAGUAGAAAUAAAUAAGAAUUUGAACGGA